UUGUGGGUCAGAGUCACUCAGCCAUGCUGGGAGCAAAGCAACUCUGGCUACCAGGGCUCACAUUCAAAACCGGGUUGCCCUUGGCCCUGACGCUUCUGGCCCUGGGGACUGGACGGGCUCAGGAGGGGGCAGAGCCUGUCCUCCUGGAGGGUGAGUGCCUGGUGGUCUGUGAGCCUGGCAGAGCUGCUGCAGGGGGGCCUGGGGGAGCAGCUCUGGGAGAAGCGCCCCCAGGAAGAGUGGCGUUUGCUGCAGUUCGAAGCCACCACCAUGAGCCAGCAGGGGAGACCGGCAACGGCACCAGUGGGGCCAUCUACUUUGACCAGGUCUUGGUGAAUGAAGGCGGUGGCUUUGAUCGGGCCUCAGGUUCCUUUGUGGCCCCUGUCCGGGGUGUCUACAGCUUCCGGUUCCAUGUGGUGAAGGUGUACAAUCGCCAAACCGUCCAGGUGAGCCUGAUGCUGAACACAUGGCCUGUCAUCUCAGCAUUUGCCAAUGACCCUGAUGUGACCCGGGAGGCAGCCACCAGCUCUGUGCUACUGCCCCUGGACCCCGGAGACCGAGUAUCUCUGCGCCUACGUCGGGGGAACCUGCUGGGUGGCUGGAAAUAUUCAAGCUUCUCUGGCUUCCUCAUCUUCCCACUCUGAGGGCUCAAGCCUUUCAAGGACUGGGGAUCUAACCCCUGACCUCUGCCCUCUCCUGCCCUAGAAGUAAAAUCUUUGGGGCAGGAGAGAGGCUACCUCUGGCUGCCUGUAUUCCACCUUCUUGCAUGGGACCCUGUGCCAAACACCCAAGGUGGUUGCCCAGCUGGUGUGGCUCAGUGGCUGAGUGUCGACCCAUGCACCAAGAG